UAUAGUUUAUUAGCCAGCGCAUUUUCAAGGUCGGCCCAUCUAACUAGUGGUUAGAAUCUCAUAUACGUGUGCAGAGACUUCCGUUUCCCUCUUCAACGGUCAGAUCUACCUUUACGAAAGAGCCCCUAAACAAAUGUAUUUGUCCUCAGACGUCCUUGUAUGUAAUGGCCUCUUAGUCCCUGUCUUAAUGAGAAAUGAAAAGAAAGGCGUAGACGAAAACCUUUGAUUUUGACGAAAGCCCCCCAGCGUCUCUCUCUCUCUCUUCGAACUGCUCUCUGACAAGAUUGCUUGUUCAUAGGUAGUUGCGGUCAGAAAAUGGGGAAAACUGUUGCCAUUUGCCAGGUUGGUGGCGAGUUUGUAACAAACAACGAUGGAUCUAUGUCAUAUACUGGUGGAGAAGCAUAUGCAAUACCGGUUGUUCCCAACAUGAAAUUUGAUGAAUUCAAGUCAGAGAUAGCUGAAAUGUGCAAUCGUGAUGCAAGUACCUUGUUGAUAAAGUACUUCCUCCCAAGCAACAGACGGAUUCCAAUCACAGUAUCCAAUGACAAGCACAUGCAGUGCAUGAUUGAUUUUCAUGAGGAUUCAGCGACAAUAGAUGUUUUCGUUUUGGAUGGGGAGACCAUUGCUCGGAACACUGACAAAACGGAUAACAACCGGGCCAACAGAGCCACAAGUAAAACAAGUAGACCCACAAGUAGGUCCACAAAAAGGGCUGCAGCCACUGACUCAAUCACGCAAACUCCUACAACUGUCAACAAUGAUGGGAAAGGAAGGAGAACUACAGUCCCUGAUCCAGUGGCUUCAACUGCUGCCGUGGCUGCCCCUGCCAGUGGUGAUAGAAUUGCACGUAGGACCAGCAGCAGGAUUACAGCAAUUGUCACUACAGGCACUGACCCAACCACCCCAAUUUCCACCAUCCCUGCUGCUGGCAAUGAUAAGCAGUCAGCACAAUACAGUUCACCAGGAAACACUAUCCUUGAUAUGGGCAAAGAAUUUGAUAGUGUCAGUGACUUCCGUGAUGCAUUGCGUAUGUAUGCCAUUGCAAAAGGGUAUGCAUUAAAGACCAUUUAUAGUUCUCAAUCCCGUGUGACUGCCAAAUGUAGAGCUCAGGGCUGCCCAUGGCGGGUGCAUGCUUCCAGACUAGCAUCCAUGAAGAGGUUCAAGAUUAGAAAGAUGAACAAUGUGCACACAUGCGGUGGGGUUGGAAAAGACAGCCAUCCGAAUGCAUCAAAUAUCUGGAUUGCGAGCAUUAUAAAAGACAAGCUACGAGAUAAGCCACAUUAUAAGCCAAAGGAAAUCGUGAAUGACAUAUAUCAGGAGUAUGGAAUCAAUGUCACGUAUAGACGGGCGUGGAAUGCGAAGGAGGCGGCCCAGAAGCAGCUUCUAGACUCCCAGUCAGACGCAUAUAGUCAGUUGCCUUGGUUCUGCAAUAGGAUAAAGGAGACGAAUCCUGGUAGUCUUGUAACUCUGACAACAACAGACAAGUUGAAUUUUCGCUGCCUUUUUGUCUCAUUCCAUGCUUUACAGCAUGGGUUUGAUAAUGGUUGCCGCCCCCUCAUUCUUCUCGACGGAACAUCUCUAAGAGAGAAAUGUCGAGGGACAUUGUUAGCUGCGGUAUCAGUUGAUGGGGAUGAUGCCAUCUUUCCCAUUGCCUUCGCUAUAGUGGAUUUUGAAUCCUAUGAUAAUUGGAUUUGGUUUUUGACAGAAUUGAAAUCAGCCGUGUCAACAAAUCGGACCAUAACAUUUGUAUCUGAUAGACGCAACCGUUUAGAGGAGGCUGUGCCGCAGGUUUUCGAGGACAGCUAUCAUGCCUAUUCUUUGAAUCACCUUACUGAGGACUUCAAGCGGGUGUUGAAGGACACAUCACAGCCGGUGAAGGAUGCACUGGCCAAUGAAAUUAAACGCGCUGCUUACUCGUGCAGCAUUACCGAUUUCAAUGCUUGCAUUGACAACAUCCGGAAUUUCUCACAUGAUGUCGCAUCCUGGGUCUUGUCAAGCAAGCCUGAACAUUGGUCGAAUGCAUUCUUUAAGGGGUUGCGAUAUGACCACCUAUCAUCGAACGUUGCAGAGUUGUUCUACAGUUGGAUAUCAGAGGAGUGCGACCUAUCAAUAAUACAUAUGAUUGACAUAAUACGGUGUAAGAUGAUGGAGAUGAUUUAUGCCCGUAGAGAGGCUUCAAGCACAUGGUCAACAAUUCUCACACCUUCAAUGGAGCAAAGACUGGAGUUAGAGAUACACAACUCGCACUCGCUCAGCGUGUUGUUUUCAUCAGGGAGUGUGUUCGAAGUCCGUGAUGAUUCAGUCAACAUUGUGGACAUUGAGACACGGGAUUGUACGUGCCAGAGAUGGAAGAUGUCUGGGUUGCCAUGCAUUCAUGCAGCCGCAGUUUUUGAUCGCAUGGGUCGAAAUACUUAUGAUUACUGCUCAAGAUACUUCAUGGUCGAUUGUUACCGUUUGACAUACUCGGAAUCUAUCCACCCAAUACCAGAUAUAGGAAAUCCUGUAAGUGAAGAUUCUAACACCGAGCUGAUUGUUCGUCCACCCCGUAGCCAUCGUCCACACCGUCCACGAGGCAGGCCAAAAUCGAAGCAGACAGAAUUGUUUGAUCCGCGUAAGAGGCGAAGGCUUUAUGUAAAUUGCACUAGGUGUGGUCAGUCCGGGCACAGUAGGAAGAAUUGCAGAGAGGUGGAAGAGGGAAAUCACUAGUGUUAAUUUCAUUUGUGUUUAGGAGCUAUUUAGUUUGAUUUAAAUACUAAUGCCUUGAGGUGAAUGUAUUGGUGUUUGAGUAUUUAGAUGGUUAAAACCAGAUUGAAGAUCAACCCUCGGAUCUUUUGACCACAAUGUACUCAGCAUUCUUAAUUUUGAAAUAUGGGAUUAACUUUUUUAA